GCCACAUUCUACUCAUUUUCAGGUAUUUCCUACCAAGUUGGAAAACUAAACGCAUCAGAGACACGUCAAGGAUGGAAUUGCAACAGCGGAUGUGAGGCGCCACAACAUUGUACACUACCACGCUGCACCAAUGUGGUAUUUCCGCAAACGUUUAGUGGAUCUGGAACCGUAAGUAAACCCUAAGCAAUUACAACUUAUAGUCUAAUCUUCAGGGUUCGGGGUAACUUUCUUUUGUAAGUGAACCACAUUAAGCUUCUUUAAAAAUCUAAUGUUCUUCACAAAUUUUGAUUUGCCAAAGUACUUGUGGUUUUAUGAUGCUUUGACGUCAGCGAAUUUGGUGCGCAUAGGUAUGCUUAAGUGUUUCUAAUCCCUGGGAUGUGUUUUUGAACGAAACAAAACAGAACAAAAUAAAUGCAAAAAGCCGGAAGAUUCUGACGAUAAAUAUAGAAGAUCUCAAUUCCAUGAAAUGGGAAAUGGGGGAUUAGCUAGACUCUCUUUUUCUUCAGAUUAAUUUUAGUGAGUGGAGUAAACGCGCGCGGAAGCGUCGAGCAGACGCGAGAAACAAGGGAAGCAUUCUCGCGGCUUCAGUCACGCGCAAGGUCACGCGUGUCUCACGCGUUUCGCUCGACGGAUUGGGAAAAAAGAGAGACUGCUCAUAGUCUAGGGUGGAGUUGUCGCCUGUUAAAUUUUCAUUGAUGCCUGUCUUUACCUAACGUAUUUCAGGUUCGAGUUUUUGUGUCACUAAGCCAUGAAGAUCAGUCUUCAGUUCUUCAUUCGCCUUCCGCUGUGUGGGCAGAGUCCGUUAGUACAGCUGGAUUUCAGUUAUGCUCACGUUCAACAGGUUCUACAAAUGACACUGGAAUUAUCAACUGGGUAGCGUUUCAGGACAAACCCAUGUUAACGCAUGGAAGCGUUACUUUUAGCGGAAUAUGGACAACAGAAACAAAGUGUGAGAAGGUGGCCAUUUCUCAGGUUAGAUAACAAUAAUUGAUAACAAGUAUACAAUUUUGUUACAAAGGUGUAAAACGUAAUUAAAUAGUAGAAACAAAUGAAAUAGUAUCAGAAAGUAGUUCUAAAACAAAUGAUCACUAAUUAAUAUCCGGAAUUUGCUCUUCAUAGCAGAGUCCACUGCUAAACGUCUUUUUAAGCUUUCUCUCGGGCUUAGUUUCAAACUUUUCCUUCCCUCGCCUCAAGAUAAGCCAUUUUCACGUUUUACUUUGGAGGUAGUGAUUGAAUAAUGCUUGACCGUUUUGAAUGUAUUGAUGUGUUAAAGGGAAUUUGAAAAAUAAAAGUCUAUUUAUUUAAUGAUAUCAAAUUUUUAGCAUUAAACUUAACAAAGUUGGCCAAAAAGAAACAUUGUUGUUUGUAACUUUAUUUAAGUAAUGGGCCAGAUAAGAUGCAUUCACCAACCUUUUUAACACUUCGUAGAAAGAGGUGAAAGAGGGGUAGAAAAUUGAGUUAAUGUGAAUAGACAAGUAGAUUUGAUUAAUCUUCUCCCCUUAGCCUUUGAUAAAUCGUUCCUGCUGAUUUAUCUUUCGAGAAGCUUAUUUAUUUUUCAGUCAGUAGUUUUUCAUAUAUCUAACAUCUUUUUGCAGAGCUUUGCUUCCAAGCCUCGUGUAUUUGUCUCUGUUAAGUACACACGCAGCACAAAGCCAAAUGAAGCUAUGUACUUAUGGUUAGAGAACGUCAACUCUGGAGGAUUUGAAGUGUGCUUAAGGGAAUUCUUGCCCUUUGAUGGAAAACACCAAGAUGCAGUUGUGGUAAGUGAAGAAAAAUGUCCGAGUAAACUAUAGUAUUGAUGAAACCAAACAACCAAACAAAAAAACUUGACUUUGCCACACUUCGGCAGCCCGGAAACUCUAUUACCCAGAACGUUUUUGACGCAAUUAAGGUCGGUGUCGUGUCUCACGUGUCUCAUGCAGUCAUUUCUUGUUAAAGGAAAUGUGGUUCGAAACCUGACGCAACUCAUCUUGUAAAGAAAAGGGUAGCAAAUUAAACAUUAUUUUCUUGUCCACAGGACUGGUUUGCAUUCACUGGAAAUGGGAGUCAACUUAAUUUCACGAUAACUGGGGAGGAAAUCUUUCCAAACAGUGGAAAUCCAUCGGCCAAAAACAACCACGGCUUCUGUCAGGUGAAAACUUUAGUUCUAACAAGAACAUUUAGCAAGCCAAAGAACACUGAUUGUUUAGUGGUUAAAUUCACGCUAAAGAAAACUUAAAAUACAGUAAACCCAAGCUUACCAGGCCAUGGUAAUCGACAUUGUAUCCAAAAUGGCAAUUCCCAGAUGAGCGCGACAUGUUUAUCUCGCAAUUUUGAUGUGCGCAUAUUUCGCGAUUCUUUAAUUUGGUGACUUAGCGAGAAUUUUAUAUUUCGAAUGUCUUCAAUUUCGCGUUGUAGACAAUGGGCGAAUAUUAGAAGUGGGGACUUUACAGAAGAUGGGCAAAAAUAGAGGGAGAAGUGAGCACGUUCACAUAAAUUUACUAAAUUACAUGACUUUUUUUACCUAUUUACAGGAAGUGCCUUUCAAUACGACCUUUUACAAAUCGCCAAUUGUGAUUCUUUCCGUAAAUCAUGAGUAUAAUCUUAAGGUCAAGGGAAGUCGUCCUCCAGAAAAUAAUAUAAUUUCAGCCUGGCUAGAGGUAAGUUUGCCUUUUUAUUCGAACCUGAGAAAACAGUCCGCCCGACAUUUUGCGCGACGCCACCUCCAGUUUUCCCACAAAAUGAGGACUGAACCCCGAAAACCCAAUUUCACGACGCAAUUACUGGCUUUCUCGUGAAAAGACGUCUGUGGAAGAGUGCAGAAAUUCCAUGCUGAUGACAUGUACUUCCCAGAUCAAGAUAGUGCUUCUGAUUGGUCAUGCUGCAAAAUAAUUUUUUUUUAACCAAUCAAAAGCACUGCCUGCCCAGCUCUGCGUAGUGACACAUCAUCAGUACGCAAUUUCUGCGCUCGUUCCUUCAGACGUAUUUUCAUUUAAAAGCCAGUAAUUACGUCAUGAAACGGGGUCAAAUUUCUUCACUGGGUUAUAUUCUUGAUGGUCACUUGAGGUUAAUGAUAAUGAAUAGGGAUUUUUUCAGUGCUUUGGUACAUUACGUUAUUCAAUUGUUUGCUUGAACUCUCACCACACCUUUGAGACCCAAAAGCCCAUAUCCCUUGUUCAAUCAGGGGAGAGACGAAAUCUGUUUAUUCUAGUAAAUUUGUAAAAGGACUGUGAAAACUGUGAAAGAGCCAUAAGAAACCAAUAAUUUGGAUCCGAUCCAUGAAUUUCAUGACUUAAAGGUAUCUUCCUAGAAAGCAAGAAGAAAUUAUGGAUUUUCUAGUAACUGAUGAGUGCUAUCACAUUUUGCUGUAGGAAGUUGGAUUAGAAUCUAUGAAGGUCUGCGUUAAAGACCUCAGUGGAUUAGGAUCGAGUCAUGAUCCCUUGAUUGUCAGCUACGCUGUUACUGGAGGUUCUUGAUUAAUUUUCCUAUUGUAAUGAUCGCUAUUUCUCUUAAAAACUAUUGUUAUUAUUAUUAUCAUUAUUACUACUAAUUUUAUUGACAUCUUUUAGAAGUUCUUAUAUGUAGGAAUACAUUUCAUGAUGUAAUUAAAGAAACGCUGGAGUACAAACACUGAUAUACCUUAUUCAUGUUACACUCUAUCUUUGCACGUACUUUAAGAUUGAUGGGAUAAGAGCAAUUACAGGGCACACAAGUAAUAAAAUUGCAAAUACGAGUAAUCGAGUAAUUCCGGUCGGGUUUGUUUAUUCCCUCAAAAUAAGACGACGAUUUUAGUCAUGCAAAAUGCAAAGCGUAAACUUCGACAAGUUUUACGUCAUAAUUCCUUGCUGUAAAGAUUUCUACUGUUGCGUACUGCAUUCAAAAUCACUUCCACCCAUAUUUUGCGAUUUUCAUUUUUUUAAGGUCAAAACUUCUUAAUUUUCUAUUGUGUAGAUAAUUAAAACAAACUCGACUGCAUUCUUGUAUUUAUUGAUUUUAUCUCUUGUUUGCCACCUGAGAAACCACGUAACAUUGGUUUAAUUUAUUCCAUCAGUCCUUAAGCGCGUGCAAAGAUGGCGGGUAUCGUUAAUAAGGUCUACUAAGGAUAAAAAAAAAACAACAACAACAUUAGUUGACGUACCUACAAGCAAACAUGCUACUACUACUGAGCAGUAACUUAGUUUUAAUUCAAACAUGAAAAAUAUAUUAGACAUUUAUGUUUGUUUCCAAAUGGAUAACUACUCAAUGUUUCUUUUUUCUUGGUACAGACCUUAAUCCUUGCCUUAAUGUGCAUUGCCCACGGUUUGGAGUCUGCAGGACCUACAGUGCGCAUGACGCUCGGUGUGAGUGCGAUGACCAAUGCCCCUCAUAUAAAGACCCAGUGUGCACUGCAAACGGAACAACUUACGACAACCGAUGCUGGCUUAAGUUAAGCUAUUGCAGAGGACUUGAAAAUAAUCUGGUCUAUCACCCAGGAAGUUGUGAAGGUAACGAAAAAUAAUUUCAACGAUUUUUUUGGCUGUAUAUGCCACAUAAAAUAGUCGGGCAGUUAAGCUCUCCAUCGCUUAGAAUCAUAGGUGUUGGCUCAAAAUUUUAUCGGCUUCUAGCUAUGAUGUUUAUAACUUUUCAUUACUUUUAAGCUCGCUUUUAGCUCCUAACGCAGGCUAAGCAACAACAGACAGCUGUAACAAGCUACUUCGUCUCUCUACUUUGGCAAACAAACAUGUAACAGCCCAGACUAUAGCCGAUGUUUGAUCUGCGUAAGAUCUUUUAUUCUCUUUUGUCUUGCAAUCUAGUUUUAUGGCGUAAAAUUAGAUUACACAAAUUUGCCCAGGGCAAAUAUGGUGCAAAAAAAGUGCAAAAGAGGAGGAAAUCAAAGACAAAGGUGGUAAAUAUCACAUUUACAUACCAGUUUACAUGGAGUUGCAUAUUUGAGGGCAAAUGCAGUAUUUACUAUAUUUGCCCUUGAUUUCAUCCUCGUUUGCACUUUUUUGCACCUCUCGGGUGAAUUAACGAACAAGUCUCUUGAAAUUUGUAAGGGGUUGGUCUAGUUUAAAGGAGAUUUCACUUUGCGACUUGAAACUUUGCAUGCGGUAAAUACUUCUUACAAAAUGUUCUUAUCCGUUGUCUCUAAUGAGCUAUCUUAGUCUCGUGACUUGUCACGCCCAUUUUUCUGCCAUUUAGUUCGGUCCAAUUUUACGACAUUUUACAAAUGCUAGUUGUGAUUUAUUUUGUUUUCCUUCAAGAAAUAUUAAAACACGGUUUCUGGAAUUAAUAGGGCUUUUUCAAAUUUAUUUGUUUUGAGUGAAUUAUAACGUUUCCAGUCGAGAGUGGGACUGGGUCGAGGAGAAAACAUUUGAUAAUAGGCAAGUUUCGUAUUCCCCGACGGUCCUGGGACGAGCCCUUGUUUUGCGCGAAAGCGAGGCUAAUGCGGGUAACUUCUCACCAAGAAGACAAACAAACAUGUGAAAACUGCGGUUGAGUUGGCAAAAAAUAGGAAAAUUUGAAACGUUAAAAGGUUUUGGAGGUCUCAAAACUUACUUACAGGAUUGAGAAAUCAUGAUUGUUUCAAGCAGCAAAAAGAAAAUCAGCUCGUCACCACUAACAAACAUAACCAGCAUAACCAGAAAUUGAUCAAAAUAGUGGUCGGUGAGUGAGUUUAACUAAGAAUGCGAAGAUGGUUUCAAAAUCCUUAAACAAGGCUAUACCCUGAAGACAUUUUAAUGUUUUUUUUAGUGGUGCCAUACCUUCCAUUGGUAGGGAGUGCACGUACUUGUCGAAAGCUUGCAAGUUAAACUGAAACCUUCUUUAUAAUUGACAUUUUUUCUAACGGAGCGAAUGCAAAAUCUUGUGUAUUUUAAAAAAAAAUAAACCGACGGGGCAGACGUUUUGCAUAAAUUCCUUGCACAUAAAGAAAAGCGUUCGCACAUUUCACUCGACAAGAACUCGAACACAGAGUUUUAUACAAAAGAUAUACUGAGCAGUUUAAGCUCCAUUUUACAUAUAUACACAAGAGUUAGGUAGAAUACUAAGAGGUAAGAAAAUUAAACGGAAUAAAAUAUUGUCAUUUUAACAAACUUUACACUUUUGAAGCUUAAAAAGUUUACUUCUUCUUUUGGCUUCGUCGCUUUUUUCUUUCUUCUGUUAAGUACGAUCAGCUUUUCCCACAAUUUUGUUGUUUAAUUGCAACAGAUAUCCCUUUGGCUUACUGGUAAAGUUUAAGCUUUGAGAUCUUUAAUCUCUAAUCUUUAAUCACAGUUCGUAACCAUACAUAACUGAUACAAAUGAACUAAUACUAACAUAUACAAUCGAACAAAAAUACAAAAAUGGUUAACAGGACGGUAGUAGGGGGAAACCAAAUUCCCAUGCUAAAACAUACCCUCCAAAAAAGAAAAAAAGAAAAAAAAAUUAAUUAAUAUAUAAACAUAUAUUAAAAGACUAUAAAUUAGACUAUAAAUUAUAAACGUAGAUGCCUAAUAAUAAUGCAUAAACGUAUAUUAAAGACACCAUGUCUAGUAUUUUAAGGUAAAUUAUGAGCGAAGGUACUUAAUCAGUGAAACUUCAAAAGACUGAAGGCUAGGAGAUGACAUUACUUCAGAAGGCAAAGAGUUCCAAUCAUUAAUAUAUCUAUGAAAAAAUUAAUAUUUAAAAUAAUUUGUACGGGCAACUUUAGGCCUUAUUUUAUACUCAUGCUUACUUCUAGUUCGAGUUAUUCCAAUAAUGUCAAAUUAAUGAUGGCAAUUGAUAUCACAGUAACCAAAUAUAAUCUUAUACAUUUGAACUAGGCUAAGAUAUUUCCUUCUCAGUUCUAAAGUUCUAUCUUUCAGGAUAUUCUUUAUCGAGGUCACAUAUUAGUCGGGACGCUCUUCUCUGAAUUGCUUCAAUUGCCUUGGUGUGUUUCACCAGAUAAGGAUUCCAGACUGGACAGGCGUACUCGAGGAUAGGUAUCACUAACGCCUUGAAAGCUGUCUUGAUACCAGUCUUGUUUGAAUAACCAAAUGCCCUUUUAAUCAAGCCCAACACCUUGUUAGCUUUAGCACAAAUUGAGUUAAUGUGAUAAUCCCAUGAUAAAGACGACUCCAACCAAAGUCCCAGGUGUUUGUGGUGGUCCACUUCCGGUAGUAAGAUGUUGCUCAACGAAUAUUGACAUCUUAUUGGACCAUUCUUCCGUGUAAUGUGUAGGACUUCACACUUCUCGGUCUUAAGAGUAACCAGCUAACUCUUGCACCAUUCAGAGGCAGAUGUCAAAUCCUCUUGAAGUAGAUCGCAAUCCGAUCUAUUUUCUAUGCGUCAAUGAAGGACAGUAUCGUCAGCAAACAAAUCUGAGUUGCAGGUUACUGAGUAAGGAAGAUCGUUGAUGUAUGCAAGGAACAACAAAGGCCCAAGUAUACUGCCUUGGGGCACACCAGAUGUAACUCUUAACCAGUCAGAUGCUUGACCCUCAAUCACUACACGCUGUUUCCUUGACGUGAGAAAAUCCCUUCACCUAUUUAAAAUCUGGCCUUUGAUACCAUAGCAUUCCAAUUUGUAGAGUAGAUGGGCAUGGGAGACUUUAUCGAAAGCCUUGGAAAAGUCCAAAAACACUGCAUCAACUGAUCCAAGUUUAUCCAAGGCCUGAAACCACUCAUGUACUAAUUGCAGUAGCUGGGUAACACAAGAUCUUGAUGGUCUAAAUCCAUGCUGAUUGUCGUUAAGCAGUUGGAAGUCAGUCAGAUACUUCAUAAUGUGCUUGUGGAUCAAGCGUUCUAACAAGAGAUCUCACUUUUUUUUGAGAUUUCUAUCAUUUUCCAGCGACUCCGCGGCAAAUUGCCUAUGUUUGUUUUUGUCUUUGUAAAGAAGUUGAUCCGCAUUAGCCUCGCAAUCGUUCAACAGUCAUUUUUAUGGCGUAAUCUAAAAAUAAUAAAUUUUGCAUAAUUAUGGGCCUGGCUGGUCACGUGACCUCAAGAGACACAGUGUGAGGUCCAAAAAUGGUUCCAGUCUUAAGCACAUAUGUUUGAGUAAAAGUGAAAAGAGAUGGCUGACAAUAAAAGAAAAACUGAUAAAAGCCCAAAAUGGAGCGAGGAGCCACGCCUUAAAUCACUCGAGCUUAUUAGCACUGAGUAAAUUUGCUGAAAAUCAAAUAUUUCGCGCAGUGGCUUGCACUCCCACGCGUACAUGUCAUCAGGUACGCUUUUGAUUUAUAUUUUUUUGGUGGCCUCCUCCAAUAUACUGGCAUAUGUUUAUCUUUAUACUGGCAUAUAUUUACCUUGGGCACUGAAACCAGCAUGCAAUAAUAAGCAGCCACUAUAUAUUUCGUUGUUGAAAGGUAGCCGACAUUGCAAAUUACAGCCUAGUUUUAGUUCCAUUUCCACGCUUUUUUAUCACCACCCUUCACCACUUAGAGUUGCGCCACAACGCAAGCUAGGGAAGCUACGUAAGCGAUAAUGCUUAAAGAGCACAGUGAUGCUUCCUUAUAAAGUACUUAAUUUAUUACAAAACAGGUUUUCCAAUUGUACGGGACCGUGUAGAUCUGCUACACGUUCCAAAAUGGUCAGAUUCAAACUGUCAGACAGUCACAUUUCCUCCAUACCGGUUUUAUCCGGAUAAACAAGUUCAUGUUCAAAUAACCGUCAAUCACAUGAAGCUGAAUGACUCUGUGACAGUCCACGACGCUGUUACUUCAUGGACAGAAAGUAUCAACACAAAAAACUUCACCGUCUGUGUGAUGCAAACGGGGAGGAAAGAAGAAGGCGCGAAUCCAUUUGCCACCAUUGAUUGGGUGGCUUAUCAAGGAGCACCGCCCGAAGGAUUGACGGGAACGGUUGAGUUGCAGAAAUGGUGGUCUGGUACCAACUGCGCAGAUGUAACGUUUCCUUCGGUAAGACGGAAAUAUUUUUGUACCUACAAAUUUAACUCAUUGUUGCAAUGAAAGUAUCCUAGGACGAACAUCUUAGACUUUUAUUCGCCACUACAGCUUGAUCCACGUCUUCCAAACGAAGUUAGUCAAAACAAACAGAAAUAGCUCAAUAAAUCUAGCUGGAUUUUUUAAUUCGAAAUGAACCUAGCAAAAUUUGCCGCCAUUCGGGUGGGAAAGGGCCAAAGAGUAGGUUUUUCCGAUCUCGUAAGCCCGAAAAUCACACAAAGGAAGGAAAAGGAAAGGAAACAUAGAAAGAUUCCAUAUAAAGUGAGGAUAGGCUGAUUUGCCUACUAGCAGUGAAUUUCACGUGCAGCAAUAUUUCAAGGAUGCAAUAAAAAGCCAUUUUGGUUGCUAUUGCUUCUUUGUUAUAUUUUUCUUUUUUUCAGGGAAAGUUUCCUGAGGCGCCAAUAGUCCUUGUGACGUCAGAGCACCUGAGGACUGGUAAAGAGUAUGAUGCUGCUCUCAUUUGGAUUGAAGACUUAACAAAGGACUCAGUUAAAAUCUGUCUUCGUGAAAUGCAAAACUUUGACGGUAGACACCAAGAUAUCACUGUGGUACGUUAUUAGUUUUUAAAGAAACUAGAACACCAUUGUUUACACAGUUCAUGAGGAAUGGUUUGUAAACUAUAAUAGCGAUCGGUAUACUAAAAUUUAAUGAUAUCCGUUUGCUUCAACUGGGCCAAUUUAUGUAUUCUUGCAAAAAUUCAUUCUUAUCUCCAAGGUUUAAUAACAAUUUUCCCCAAAGCAAUCAAUUCCACUCUUACAAUACAAGAAAUUCCCAGGCCUACCGUCUACCGUAUUGUCGUACAAACACUAAUUCACUUGACAACGAGGUCAUCAACUCUCAAUCCCUUUCCUCUUUUUUUUAAAAAAACUGAAGAUUAAAUUAUUGAGUAAAUAAGAAAACAGUUCAUAAAUCUUUCCACCCUCGACUUUUCGCCACCUUUUCUUCAUUUGAUGUUAAACAGCUCUAACCCGUAGUUCGAGGAGGCCUAACCUCUCAUAAGCUCCUAUAGUUAACGUUUCUGUUAGGUCUCCUCGCCACUUUAUUUUUUCUUCUUUUCCUAUAUUUAUUGUAAUUAUUGUGAGGCAAAUAAAUAAAAUAAAUAUAUGAAUUAAAAGCAUUCGUAUAAAGGAGGAAGAACAUGGAAAGUAACAAAAAUGGGAAAAAAAUAGAAAUGAAUUGCUUUGCCUCGUCCUCAUGCUUCCUUUUAUGCUCUUACACGAUGCUCUUGGUGUUUUGGGAAAUUGUGACGUCUUGCGUUCUCUCCUUGGUCACCACUCCAUAGAGCUCAAAAUGCUAGGAUUUAAACGGGCCUAAAGAAUACUGGGUUUCAUAAAUUUUUGGUGAGGAUGAUACGAUAUUUGCAAAUUAGGGAUGGCAUGGGCUUCUGAUCUCCUUUUUUGUUCUCUUUUCACAGAACUGGUUUGCCUUCUCCAAACUGCACAAGCCUCUUUUCACGGAACAUGGCGCCAUAAGUUUUCCAAAUACGAACCCACCUUUGGAUAAAAUGAACAAUGCUUAUUGCGAGGUGAGCAUAGGAUUACUCAAUCACACUUUUUCAUCUCUUUCAUCAUCUCAGGUAGAAUGCUGUUCACAGCAUUCCAAAAAAACAUCGUUUACUAAUAUAUUACUGAAUAUUUUCAAAACACUUGUAGUCAUAUGCAGUAAAGAUCGCGGAAAAUCUCUUAUAAAGCGACGAGAAAAAUCAAGAUGCUGUCACAGAAAACAAUGUUUCAAAUAUACAUAAAAAAGUUGGUAGUUCGUCCUGAUAAAAUGAUUAAUUUCAAAUAAUGUCCAACGUUGACUUAAACACAAACUUCUGAAACAAAAAAAACAAACAAACAAAAACCAAAAAACCAAAAAACAUCAACAACAACAAAAAUCGAGGUACUUCAAGCUUAUAAUGAUCAGGAAAUAGUGUCUCAAGCGUUGUAUUUUUCUCUUAUAUUGCAGUUCGUUUCAUUCACGAGAGUUUAUAACACGACCCCGACAGUGCUUGUCUCAGCCAAUCACAGUACGACGGUAUCUGGGAAUUCAGGUCCGAUUCAUAACGGAAUUACCACGUGGAUCGAGGUAAAGAUUGUUUCUCACUUAAAGCGUAUUAUAGUGAUGUGUCCUAGUAAACAAGUUUCAAACCAAAACUCGGCGAAGGAUAAAAUUAAACAGACUGGCAGACUGGAGGCCAUAUAUAGGUGUAGCUUACUUGUUUUUUCGACUUUGUAUUGCAAACUGCGCCAUAUCUAGGAAAAGCAUGUGAUCAAAAUAAAAUUCAAUAACGUUAACCAUCGACGGCCUUGCCGGCCAAAACUGGCCGUACAAGACUACACUGCAACAUUGCAACUUUCUCAAUUCCGCGAGCAUUGCCUUAACUGUCAGUUACAAGCAUUGGGUACAAUGCCCUUCAAAUAGGGAUAUCUUGAAUAAACGCAAAAAUGCGCUUUUUGCAAAAUAUCACCUUCUGAAUUUGGACAAGAGCAAAUAAAUGACCGUUUUUAACGUCGUAGAAAAACGACAAAAAUCCCGUGUUUUGCCUUCAGGAUUUUGUUUUGAGAAAUCAUCGUUGCAAAAAAAAGUCACCAUUAUAUUCACAGUAAAAUUCAGUUCUUGUUCUAGCUUAGAAGUGACUUUUUUUGUUCUUCUUUGUUUCCUGGAAAUAUAGCGUUUUGUUCUAGUGCAGCCUGGCCUUGGCUCGAUUUUCAACAUCAUGACUGAACUGCAUGCUAGGAAAUAGCCAAAAGAUUUUGAUUUUUUUUUUCAUAUUUGUAUAAAAUCUACUGCCACUCUGACCUACCACUAAAAUUUGGCGCUUGUUGUCAUUUUCAGUGGUCGUAAAUUCUUAAAUAUGUGCCGUGGCAGGUCAAGAAGUUUAUCAGUAGUCGAGUCCCAAAGCUACUUCGUUUCGGAGCGGCCGUUAUUUUUCCAUGCCAGUUACACGAGCAACAAGCAAAAUUCGCAAACGAAGUUCAUCACCUUACUCGCUUCGUUGACAACGUGGACUCUUGGCUACCGUCAAGCUUAUUGAUGCUCAUCAGGCAGGCACUUAAAAGAUGAAAUAUGGCUGUGAAAGUACCAAAAAUCGCGUAGAAUCAAAACUUCAGCCGUUAUUAUAGCUCAACGAAGCAAAAUGACUUCGUCAGAAUGACGUUUCCAGAAAACUCAAGCCUUCAGUUUUAUAGAACAGCACCAAUUUCCAUGGUAACCCCAAUUAUGGAUUCACGAAAUCCUAUGGAUUGUUUAUAUGUAGAAAAUCACUCUAAACCCUGAAAGUCUCGGACGUCUAUGGGUUAAAUUCAGGAGGCGUGAUGGUCAAAUUUUGUUAAAGCGACAACUUGUUCUGGACUUCCAUAAAUAUUAACAUGACAAAGAACUGUCAAAAAUCGCAAGUAACGCAAAAAAUCGUUAGACUUGCGUUUUUUCGCAACACACGAAAAAUCACAAUUUUUGCUGCUGCGUGCAAACCUGGACAUAAGUGUUCAACAGGGGCACCCAACGACGUUUUUCUUUAAAUUAUAUGUUCGGAGAAGCAAAUAUAUUGCCUAGAAUUUUCUUUUGCUUGAGGACGACUAGAAAUUUCUAGAUGACCGUUCCAUUCAGGUACGAUUUUCGAGGCUUAUCUAAUAAAUGUCCUACGAUUACUGAAGUUUAACUUCUCACAUUUUACUCCUCUUGUUGGGCUAAUUUUCGUAGAAAAAGGAAACCUAAAAGUUUUCUGAUUCAAAAAUGCGACGGAGAGAGGAUUGAGAAAAAACCUCACUUUCGUAAAACAUCAUUAAAUCGCAUCCAAAAUUUUCUGAAAAAUAAUACUGAAGCCCUUUUAAUUCGAAAAGACUCAAAUUCCCCUAGGAUGAUCGAACAGAUGCAAAUUUUAUAGAUCCACUUAAAAUGCAUUUCUAAAGAUCUAAAAGUACUCUGGAUAGCCUAAAAAGAAUUGUGAAUGUUUUUAGGAGGAAAUCGUCGUUGGGUGCCCUUGUUUAAACCCCGUUUCAUUCACUCAGUUUGAGGUCCUGAAAAGCGUUAACUUUUCACACAGACCAUUACGAUCGUCAAGUGACGUUACCGAAUCGUUCUGCAGUCUUUUGACUUCUUCGAUAUCAAAAGCAAUAAUUCUAGACAAAGAUUUUCCAAAUAAUCUGUAUCUUGCCCUCUGUAAACUCAGUUAUUGUGCUAUGUUUGCAGAACAUGAAUACCUCUGGAUUCAGAGCCUGUGUCAAGGAAUUAUACGAGACCAGAUAUGACCCCUUGUCUGUCAGUUAUGCUGUGCUCACAGGUCUGUUAAUUACUACUGUCUUCAUUUAUAUGAUGUCCACUGUACGUUUUGACAAACGAAAGCGGAAAAUCACAUUUCUUGCCAGAUUAACCUGCAUGAAACAAUUCGUCUUUAGAUUCACCUGUAUUUUUUUUCUGAAGAAUAUUUCACCGGCAAGGAUACAACACUUUGCUCAAAUUUAAAGCAUCAGGCAUCGAACAAACGUUAGACGUUUGUGUUGCUUGCGAAUUCACUUUUACGUAGUGAUCUUUCUUCCAUUUAAGUGGCGCCACUCCAACUGCGCCGGAAACGUUUUUAUUUGCGAUUAUUCUCGUAUCAAGAGGGGGGUGAAUAGGUCCGCGGAUCGGCGGAUUUGGCCUUAAAAAGCUCACGGAUUGAGGAUUUCGGCCAUAAAUCGAGCGGAUUCGCGGAUUGAAAAUUACCGUGGAUCGCGGGUCAGCUGAAAGUUUUGGCCCGGUUUCCGGAUUCUGUCACUCUAGAAGUUCGGAUUGUGGAUCGGAUCAUCACUUUUCGGUCGGCCUUGGUCAAUGUGCUGGUGUUUUGUCGGCUAACGUUUCACUUCCGAGGUCUCCGGAAGAGACUUUCUCGUAACCUGACACUUAUACAUGUAUUCCAGUACAGACAGCGUGACGGAAAUGACGUCAGGCAACCUUGUGCAUGGUUCCUUCAUGAUGACACAUGGUUCAGGUAAUGGCGGUAAUGCUAAGUGACUUGACAAGAUCUUUGACUGCGUUCGUUUAAAUUGUCUAAAUUGCAAAAUGGAAACUACAACUAUCGAGUGUGUAGCCUUGGGAACAAAGAUAGCCGUUGCUUUUGCAAACAUCUUCAUGGCCAGAAUAGAAAGACAAAUAUUGAGUCAGAGUUGCAUCAAACCACUUUUUUGGAAAAGGUAUAUUGACGAUGUGUUCAGUUUCGCUAUGGAACACAAGUCUAGACAAAAUAGAGGGUUUUGUGAAAAAGGCAAAUAACUUUCACUCUACGAUAAAAUUCACGGCUGAGAUGUCACAAACAGAGAUCACGUUCUUGGACACAAAAGUGUAUAAAGGAGUAAGAUUCGACAAGGAAUCAAUCCUAGAAGUGCAAACACAUUAUAAACCAAAAGAAACAUACCAGUACACGACCUUCUACUCGUGUCACCCACCAGGCGUGAAAAAAAGCUUCAUCAAAGGGCAAGCGCUCAGGCUUCUAAAGACUAAUUCCUCGCAGAUCACAUUUAAGAGGAAUAUCAGAAAUUUUGACAACCGCCUCUUAGAAAGAGGCUUCCCGCCGUUAUUUUAAGAAAGUACCUCUCUAAGGUAGAAUUUGCCGACAGGAAAACAGCCCAGCAACAAAGAAACAAAUCCGCACGCAAAAAACUUCUACCUUUUGUUACACAAUACCACCCCCCUUUACCUAGCCUGAAGAAAAUACUUAUGGGGAAGUGGCACCUUAUACAAAACCAGCAACGACUAACAGAAAUCUUUAAGGAGCCUCCCUCAUAUCUUAUCGCAAGGCAAAAUCUCUUAAGGAACUACUAGUUAGAGCGAAGCUCUGAAGGUCAUACUACUUCCAAGACGACUUAGUGCAGGAGUCGUGUGAUGCCGUCGCUUAUUUUUAACCAAGUAAAUUUAUUGAAAAAUCUUUUACGCAAUACCAGCUUGCAGACUAUUUGAUUAGUCAAAUCUGUAUUGUUGGAAGAAACAUUAUAAACUCUGUCCCUAAUGCUUAAUGUUUUGAAGCUGUAACGGAAACUUCUUAAACAUGAAGUCCCGCAUCUGUUGCGAUUACAGAACAACUAUAUUAAGUAAUUCAUUUUUUCAUGCUACAACGCUACUUUCUAUAUACCACGAAAAAUUUUUAAAGUAACACGGAUUCGGAUUUGAACUAAAAUUUAGUCGGAUCGACAGAUCGGACCUAAAAAUACCACGGAUCGGCGGAUUUGCAUACCCCUAUUCACCCCCCUCUAUCAACCUUGCAAGAGUACUGCGACUAAGGUGCCGUUAAGGUGAAUAUAUAGAUGGUUUUCACUGUGACGUCUCAAAUUGUAAAGUCAAAAUAGCGAGGUUUUACGAAUUCUUAUUUACACUAGGUUGAAGAUAAACAAAAAGUAAAUCUUUGUACAAGUUCCCAUUUUCAUUUCGAAAAUACAGCAAUUUGAACUUCCUAGUUUUCACAGUGCUUGACAUUAAAAUAGGAAUGCUGUCUCGCUGAAAAAAGUCUCUCCUCUUGAUUUUCGCUUCAGCAGUAUAACCACUUCAAGUAUUAGAAGAUAUGUUUAUACGUACGUAUGCUAGUUCUCGAGUAAAAAGAAAGCGCCUUUAUAGAAAAAGUGAACUCCAGAUGUUUUUGAUGAUUUCCGGCGGCCAUAUUGGUGCACCAAAACGGUGCACCAAUGUGGCGUCUCCAUGUAAAGCUCUACAAAGGUGCGUGAAACGUUUCGGCAAAUCACUCACAAACUGUGGGCCACAAAGACCUGAGACUUGGACAACUUGUUUAUAUAUUAGUCGUUUAUAACAUUUCAUUUUCUUGGCUUCUUCCGCUGGACGGUUUCCAAUUUAUUUUUUUUGUUGCGUGACAGUGAAAACGAUCUAUAUCUAGGUAUUUUUUUAUUUAUUUGUAUUUUAGUAAUAAUUUAUCUUAAUUGCCACAGCUAAGUGAUUAAAAGAACAACAACAACAAAAAAAGAUACAAAAAUGGAGUAAGUAUGACGAAGAGGCCUAAAGGAAACUGUAUCUAGCCUAAUGUUAAUUAAGCCUCCUCAAUUACUAACAAUGUUUCAUGGUAGAUGACAUAAAAAUUACGACGACGGAUACAAUUAUUUAUUAAAAGUAAAGUAACAAUAUAAUAAGGAAGUUAACAAAAGUUAAAAAUUAUCAUCUUUGUCUGACUUUAUAGAUAUCUGUGAUCCUGGCUGGAACUAUUUCAAGGGUUUUUGCUAUUUCAUAAGUAAGAAUUGUCAAAAUUGGACCACAGCACUGGAUAAAUGCCGACAAGAAAACUCGGUUUUUGUUGACGUCCAAAACAAUGAGGAAAAUGUAUUUUUACAGCAUCUUCACAAUGGAGCAAAAUCCUGGCUGGGAUUGAAUGAUAUUUUUACUGAGGGUUCCUUUACUUGGGCAGAUCGUGGUACCGGGAACUUUACAGCUUGGGCAACAAACCAGCCAAACAAUUUUCGGGAUGAGGACUGUGUGCAUACACUUGGUGUUGAAUACAAAUACGAAUGGAAUGACGUGAAAUGCAGCGACUGUCAUCAGUAUACUUGUAAGAAAGGUAUGGUUUUUAAUGUAUGUUUAGUUGUAAGGUUUUGGUUUAACAAAUAAUUUAUAGAUUUAGCCAAGGCCAAAAAAGCCAAGGUUGAAGCGAAGCGUCCUUUUUAUAUCCUUUUAAUUACUUAAAACCAAAAAACUAAAGCGAAUAAGCCUUAACCUAUGUAAAGAAAUGUAAAUAUUUAUACUUAACUGAUUUAAAAAUAAAAAAGAGAAAAUGAUUAGUUGUCAUUCAUGAGAGUCUUUGGCUGCGUCCAGUUCACAGUUUAUUUUUCGGUAAUAGGUCAAUCUCUCCGUCUAAAAGGGAUUCUACCCGAAUGGUAAAUUAGGCUGAUUUUUCUGUUAAGGUGUUUCGAUACAGUUUUUCAGAGGCCACACCGAUAUUUUUCAAUCGCCUUAAAAGUGUUUUUUUCCUUGUCCGAUCGCUAUAAAAUUUUCACCAGUAAUUGGCUAUGGAUUGAAAUUUGUGAAAAUGUAGUUUUAAGUAAAAUCGAUGUUACUAUGGCAACAAUAAACAUAGUAAUAUUGAUUUUACUAAAACUUACAUUUUGACAAAUUUCAAUCUAUAGUCAAUCAUUAGUCACAAUUUUAUGGCGAUCAGAAGGAUAAAAUCACUCUUGAUGCGAUCGAAAAAAAAAACGGUAUGGCCUAUGAAAAACUAUAUCGAAACACCUUAAGAAUAUGAAUUUCGUGACGAUCAGAAGAAAUACUAAGAAAAAGCAAGAUAAAAAUGCCUUGUGACGAAAAAUACCAAUCUGCAUUUUUGACGGUUGACGGUAAAAAAUAUCUUUUUUUAACGGUUGACGAUUACAGUUUAGGCCGUUUGACGGCUAACGGUUAACCCCAUUGAUGUCAAGAGAAACGGGCUGCAUAAAUUAAUUAAUAUAUGUUUUCGUAUUAUAUAGAUCUGAAUGAGUGUAGCAGGGACAAGUAUUAUUGCCAUCGUUUUGCGACCUGUUCAAAUAAUCGCGGUUCCUUCACUUGCACUUGUGACCUUCAACAAGGUUUUAUCGGGGAUGGCUUUGAGUGCAACUUAAAUUAUGCAGGUUGGUGAUCUUAUGUAGGCUUGGUUUAGCCGCGUGGACGAGCUCAGUCUCCUUCCUCUUCCCAACAACAGUUGGAUAAUUGGUCCUAAUGAUCCACACCAGUAGUACAUGACUCACAUUCGCUCUUUAUGUAAGUUAGAUUCUGACUCACAGUUUUAAUUUUUCAGGGUCGGCCAGGGUUUUUGGGUAUACGGUAUACAGGGGCUUUUUAAAUCGGGUAUGCGGUAUAUUGCAGCUUAAAUACGGGUAUUCGGUAUAUCACUUUCUUUGAAUUUCAGGGAUAAAGUAUACCUGCAAUCGGCGACAAAAUUGUUGAGACAUUGUACUUAAAUAGGGUAACUUCGCGGAGAACAAAAGAAUCCGCACCCCUCCCCUGUCCCCUCCAUUCAAGGUUGGGGUGUUUGUUGUUUUCUAUAGGUAGCUAGAACAAGGGCACAACAUUGCACGGAGGGGAUGGGGGAGGAAAGCUAUAUUUCCUCCUUUUGAAGUUAAUAAAACGUAAAAAAGCCCAGUUUUGGGCGAAGUGUCUCAACUCAUUUUGUCGCCGAUUGUCUGAAUCGAAAUCUACGCGCUGUUGUCUUAUUAGCACCGGUUAGGAGACGGUAACUAGUUGAGAUUACUAUAUUCACCGGGUCGUUUUUCAGAAGAUACAUAAGAUACCCAUAUAAUCCCUUUCCUCUGUUUUUCGAGGGAAAAUUAGUUUUGACAAUCUUUGUACUCGGUACUGUUUUCAAGUAAUUACGCAGCAUACCCACGUACCGAAUGAUUGAUUUUCCUCUGGUAAUUAAGUGUGAUCGGUAGGAAUCGAUGGCAGAUAAUAUAUUGUAUUUGAAUAUAUCCCUAGUAAGUUCGAAGUGUUUAUUUGAAGUUUGGCUACUUGAUAAGGGUGGGAUGGACGAUAAAAUAGCCAUGAUUGCUAUGCGCAGGAGAAUUUUCGGGGAAAGUGUUCCAACUUCUAACGCACAACAAAGCUGCAUAGCAUCGCUACAUUUGUGCAGCACAUUCGUUGCCCAUAUACCCAUAAGGGUCUUUGAAGAAUGUACUUUACAGUAGAAACCAUGAGCUCAGGAGGAGACUGGCCACGAGUAACCACGAGUUAAACCAACUUUGUUCUUAAAAGAUAAUCAGAUUAUUUUGUUUUAUACUCAUCGUGGUUACUCGUGGUUACUCGUGGAAAUUCCUCCUAAAGAGCAAUUUUAGCCAUUAUAACUACUUUACUGCCAGAAUCUAUUAAGUUUCCUAUCCUUUUCACUUUGUUCUUUGCUUCGAUGCGUUUCGAUAAAGGGGAGAAUAAGAAAUCGUGCGCGACGCGCCACAUCGCACGAUGUCAAGGCACGGUUAAGCGUGACACGAAAUGUCACGCACUGAAAAUAACGAAAUCGCCUUAUUCUAAAUGUUCUAAAAUAGGUAUGAUGAAGUCGAACACCACAAAUAAAAAGCCACCAGGGGUCUUACAUCCCAGCAUAAAGAAAUGAAUUUAAUUAACUUUCUAAAGGACGUACGGCCACUUUUGAGAUUCAGACAAUCGGCGACAAAAUUGUUGAGACAUUGUACUUAAAUAGGGUAACUUUCAAGAACAAAAGAAUCCGCACCCCUCCCCUGUCCCCUCCAUUCAAAGUUGGGGUGUUUGUUGUUUUCUAUAGGUAGCUAGAACAAGUGCACAACACUGCACGGAGGGGAUGUGGGAGGAAAGCUAUAUUUCCUCCUUUUGAAGUUAAUAAAACGUAAAAAGCCCAGUUUUGGGCGAAGUGUCUCAACUCAUUUUCUCGCCGAUUGUGGGUAUAAUUUUGGGUAUAUUUGGAUGAAUUUUGGGUAUUUUGGCGAAUUUUUUUCGGGUAUACUGGUAUACCACUACCAGUAUCCCCCCGCCGACCCUGAUUUCUAGGCACGAUUCGCGAAAAAUGUAACUUGUUAAAGAUAUAGAAUCUGCAUUUAAUGUUAAAAUGUUAAGAAAGUAAGUUUAACUUAACAAGGAUCUUUCCAGAGAAUUUGUCUCGUGAAAACGAACAAGAAAAAUAUAAUAUUUGUAUGUAUUUGUGGAACGGACCUGAAAUCUUGCAAGUAAGCUUAAUGAGUCUAUUCAUUUCCUAAAAAAAAGCUGAUUAUAAAAAUAAAAAUAAGCAACACCAUGUGUCAGAUAUCAAUUGAAUGACAGUUUCAUCUGAUAUUCAAACACUGAGAAAUGGGUAGGAAUACUUUAGGACAUGAAUAUAUUUGUAGAAUUUCGAAAUUUAUACGAGAAAUUUCUGCAAUUUGAUUGGCGUGAUAUUUCAAAAUUGUCUAACAAUUUCGAAAUAUUACUCGUCGUAUUUAUGCCAAGUAUCACUACAAAUCAUUCUAUUACCUAUACUAAUGUAAUUAUUAUCUAAAUUUUAUCUUGCAAGUCUUGCAUUUCCAGAUAGUUUUCUUACGUCUCAAUAGGACAUAAGUCAAGUCUCCUUGUAACUCCAACAUCACUACUGCCCUUGUCCCUUUUUUCUUUUUUUCUUUUUUUUUAUCUCGUAGGAGGAUUGACAGACUCCGCUAUUGUGGGAAAUGAUGUUAACUACUUAACUCAUUUAAGCACAUGGCUCCAACCAGUUGCUCAGAGCAAAUCUUCACGAUGGAAGUGUUGUUGGCGUGCGUCUGUGGACGGCUGGGCUGUCAGUACUUUUCAUAGCCGUUGUGACAACAAAGGACCAACUGUAACAGUCAUAACAGUCGGCGGGAAAUACAUAUUUGGAGGCUACACCAGCCUCUCAUGGGGUAAGUGGUUUGGUUUUUUCCAAAACUGGGCAUAUUAGCAUGUAAAAUUGACCAAGGAAUUAUUUGAAGUAGAAAAUUAAUGUUUUUACCACGAAGAGGACUAAAAAAAGUGCAUUCACGCCGUUUCAAACUUUAUCGCCCUUAUUCCAUUUCGGUCAAUUUGCCAAAUGGAGGUGAAUUUUUCCGGGUUUAAAUUGGAAAAAUCCCUACCAAAUAUUAGAAGAAGAAAAUCGUUGCCUUAUGUACACGUACCCCAUAAAACUCAAAUUGGGACGUUUUCCGUCGAUCGUAUUCGUGCUGCGAAUUCUCCGACAAUUAAAUUCUGCGCUGACCAGGGAAGGGGGAGGGGGGGGGGGGUGUGUCUCCAAGGAAAUCUGUGGUACAGUCCGCCUGCCAGUAUGACGUCGCGUCUCGCGUCAGUGACUUUCAAAAUGGCGAGCAAAGUGUUCACCGAAGAGACGAAUAAAAAUGUCGAUUUUGUCACGGAUAUACUGUUCCGAUUUCUUGGAAUUGGAUAUUUUAAGGUUUCUCAACUAGACUUAAGUACUUUUUUGGAAUGAAUAAUAAUAAUAAUAAUAUUAAUAAUAAUAAUAAUAAUAAUAAUAAUAAUAAUAAUAAUAUACAAUAUUUAUAGAGCGCUAAUUCCCAAUGGUCCAAAAGCUCUUAACAUAAUAAAAAUAACAACAAAAUCCUAAACCUACAAAACUACAAAACUACAUUGUCAUCCUAUGAAAACAUCAUCAUUCUAUACUACAACAUCAUAACAAACUUUAAAAAGCCAAAUCUUAAGCUUAGAUUUAAAAGAAGAAAGGGAAUUACAAGAUCUAAGUUCGAAUGAAAGUGCAUUCCAAACAGAAGGUGCAGCAAUAGUAAAAGACCGGCCACCAUAUUAGUUUUAAGAUUAAAUUUAGAUGUAGAAAGGUUAUCCUUUGUUCAAUUGGUAGCCAAUGAAGUUGAAUAAGCAACGGCGUAACAUGUUCAUAUCUACUAGUAAGGUGAAUGAACCUAGCAGCACUAUUUAGGACACUCUGUAAACGUUUCAAGAUACAUUUAGGCUGACCGUAGAGCAAUGAGUUACCAUAGUCGAUCCUUGCAGUAACAAAGGCAUGAAUUAGAGUUUUACAUGUAUCAUAAGAAAGAAGCUUGCGAAUCUUAAAAAUAUUGCGUAAAUGAAUAAACGAAGACUUGCAAACAGCCGUAACGUGCGGCAACAUCAAUAGAGUGUUAUUAAAAAUAACCCCAAUAUUUUUAGCAGUAGUUCAACAGUCAACAGUGUUAGGGGCAAUCACCAGGUUUUUUAACGCAGGACGUGGGCGAUAGGAGGAUGAAAAAACUAUAAUUUCAGUCUUCCCACUGUUCAGCUUCAGCUUGUUAUUUAACAUCCAAAGGUCAAUAUCUUUAACACAAUCUUCAAGAGCAGAUUUACAUGUUGAAAAAUCCCCAGGCGAUGACGUUUCAAAAGAUAAAUAUAGCUGUGUGUCAUCGGCAUAAAAGUGAUAAGAUAGACCAUGAGAUCUUGCAAUAUCACCUAAGUUGGAAGUGUACAAAGAAUACAUCAAGGGGCCCAACACGGAACCCUGAGGUACUCCAUAAGGUAAGGCAUGCACAUCAGAAGAGACAUCUUGGAUUCUGACAUACUGAGUGCGAUCAGAUAGAUAUGAGCGAAACCAGUCCAGUGCCUGGUCACAAAUGCCAAAACGGGUAGAUAGUCUAGCAAGGAGAAGAGAAUGAUCAUCUGUAUCAAAAGCAGCAGACAGGUCCAGUAGAACCAAAACAACAGAUUUUUGAUUGUCAGUGGACAUAGGAAUGUCAUUGUAGACUCUGAGUAGAGCCGUUUCGGUGCUAUGAUGAGCACGGUAGGCAGAUUGAAAGACUUCACACAGACCAUUGUUGUCAAUGUAGUCAACAAGCUGCAAAGCCACUACUUUGUCAAUGACUUUGGACAAGAAGGUGAGGUUCUUAAAUUCUUGAUAAUCCAGACUCGGCUUUUUCAACAAAGGACGAAUUACAGCUUCUUUAAGUUCAGUGGGCAUGACAGAGGUCUCCAAAGACAGAUUAACAAUUUUCCAGAUCACAGGGCAAAGGAGAUCAAGACAACCAAGGAGUAUUCUAGAGGGGACAGGGUCAAGUUCACAAGACUUUGAUGCCAAAGGGUGCACAAUCUGAAGUAAGGUCGAAUAUGAAGGACAGCUCACGAUCAAACGAUGGAGUCUAGUUGUUGCUACUGUGACUUCAUUAGAUAAAUAAGUUACCUGCAUAGGGUUCGAUUCCAGUUCAUGUCGAAUAGUAGUAAUCUUCUCACCAAAAAAGCCAAUGAAUCUAUUUGCAAGAUCCGCCACGAAAGAGCAAGAUGGAUACUGCAGUGCAGGACUCCGAUGUAACAACUUACCGACAAUGCCAAACAGUUUCCUCUGAUUAAGGCAAUUAUCAUCAAUAAGCUUGGUGUAAUAUUGUAAGCGGACAGAGAGUAACAGCUCAUUGACAAUACGAUUUUGUUCAAUAAAACGCAGACGAUCUUCGCGCAAUCUAGUCCUACGCCAUCUCCUUUCCAGUCGGCGAAGAACUCUUCUCUCCAGUUUAAUCUCCUCACUAAACCAUGGAGCAGCGGGACGUAUGGUAACCAUGCGCGAUUUUAAUGGCGCAUGCUUAUCCAAAACACUAGAUAACUCCGAAUUAUACAAGUGAAGCAGCGUAAGUAAAUCAUUGGAUGAUUCAGAAAAUGCUCGAAGUUGAUGGUUUUAAAUUUCCGACCACAAAUACGCUUCCUUUCCCAAUUAGGCUUAACAAAACGAAGAUCAGCACAAACAGUGUAAUGAUCCGAUAUCUCUGAGGAAUCAUCAACUGAAAUAGCAUUUAAAAUGUAUUCAGCAUCACGAGUGAUGACCAGAUCCAAAGUAUGUCCAGCUCUUUGGGUGCAACUACGAACAUGUUGUUGUAAAUCAAAUGACUCCAAUAAGCUCAGGAAAUUAGCCGCCGCAGUAUCAGUUGUAUCAUCAAUAUGAAAAUUAAAAUCACCAGCGAUUACAAGUGAACCAGUUUUAGUGAUAUAGGAUUCUAAAAGCGACGAAAAUUCAUUCAUAAAAAGCUCAGUAGAAAGAUUGUUUCCAGAUGACGGUGGAGGACGAUAGACAAUAAGGAUGGAAACAGAUUGCGAAAAAACCUUAACAUCACUUUCGAUGGCUUCAAAGGAAAUGAAGGUGUCCAGAUAGACCUUUGAUGUCUGCUUAACUGGCAACGAACUUUGGAAAAGCAAUCCGACGCCACCACCUCUUCCAUCACGAGCAGAGUGUAAAAAGCAAUAGCCAUUUGGGAUAAGACUUCCGAUUACGAAAUUAUCAUAAUCCCCAGUGUUGAGCCAGGUCUCGGUAAUAGCAAAAAUAUCAAAACCCUUGUUCACAACAUAGUCCUUGAUAGAGAGAUACUUAUUGCGGACUGAUCGGCAAUUCAGGAGGCCAAACAAACAAAGCUUCGGAGCCGAUAAAGUAGAUUUGUUGGAGAUAACAGGUUUCCUGUUCGAAGUAAUGCAAAUCUGCUCGAGAUUAUUCUUGUUAACAGCAGUAUGCAAAUUUUUAAAUUUAGAAGGAAAAGUUCUUCGACUUUCCACAGUAUUGAAAGGCCAAACCCUGUCGGUAAUUCCACUCAUGACUUCCAAUCCUGGCAAAGUCAGAUUGGUUGUCGGUGUUCUAAGCUGAAGAUCAGAUUCAUACUUGAUUUGCACGAGGUUACAAGGGUUACGACGUCGUUGCAUUUCAUGGCGCUGCCGAAAGCGAUUUGUUGUAAACGAUGUAAUAGAAGGACCAGGGUUAGAAUUGAUGUCACCGCUGGUAGCCAGCCGAAGUCGAGUAACAUUGAAAGUAGAAAUAGAGUUUGGUGUGUACGGUAUUCGCGAAGUAAAGUAGCGACUCGUCCUUGAGGAUUGUAAUCCAAGAAGGCGGGUCGAUAUCAUCCAUGACGAGCAAAUUGCAAGGUCCAAAUCCACUUCAUCAAUGUUCAUCGCAACUUCACCAUCGCUUAAAACACGACAAAAACCAAAAAGGAACGUACUCGGAAGACACAACGAACGAAUUAGACAACAGAACAAAAAUAAAAAGGAAAUUGAAGCGGAGCAAUUACAACUACGACCAACCGCCAUCAUGGUGUUAUGAAUGGGAAUGAAAUGUCCAAUGGUGUAAUGAAUUUUAAAGAUUCCUUUCUAUCGAUGAGCAAACUUUACGAGCAAUCAUACCGACCGGUCACACUUUUGAGGGCCAGUGCACAGCAAGAGGAGGUUCAUGAAAGGAUGUAUUAUACUUUACAUUAUGCGUAUUUUCAGCUCUUCAGAGCCAGUGGAACCCCAUAUCAUUCCUCUCAAAGUUCGCUUAGCUGUAGCGUUGAAAGAGGAAGCUAAAUGACAGGAAUUUGUGAGAGACUGUGAGCAUUGAAUCUUGUUGCUUUUCCGGCGCAUUUUAAUACUGUAUUGGGCAUACACCUGUAAUUCUGUAAUUAAAUCCCGAAAGCCAAUAAAAGGUUUCGUUUAAUUAUUUCUAGGAGGCAAACUCAGUGAAGAUUUUAGGAUAAUAAUGUUGAUGAUUAAGACGAUGUACAAAAGGCAAGUUUAACUUUCACCAGUGGGUCACUGGUGGAUGUCGUGUGUAAAUUAAUACAGUUUAUGGUGUACUGUGUGUUAUUUGUCACGAUGUCAACUAACAUUGAAAAAAAUUCAGCUGUUUCAGAGGAGGGGCUUGUCUUGACAGCUUAUGAUUUUUAUCUGAUCGUAAGCUUGGCCAGUAUGCAGAUCACGAUCUUUUGAAAUCCUUUUGCCAAAAUAAAACUCCGGACUUAAGCUUAAAAUAUAAAGUGAUCCAAGUGCAUGACUAGCAGGGUCAGCAGUAAGAAUAAAGAAAAAAAAAAGCCAAAAGAAAAAAUAGUGUUUUAAAAAAGAGACCAAACAGGGAAAAAAAAUGGUACAAAGAAACAGAAAAAAGGCAUCGCCGGGAGUCGAUUCCGGUUUAAUCUGCACGCGCAAGCAACACCUUGACCACUGCACCACAGUGACACACAUGAUUUGAAAAAUUAAUUUUGUUAUAUCAAAACAAUUUUUCUCCGCCAGAGACGCUGUUUGAAGCUGGUGGAGCUGUAUUUAUCAUGAAUUCAAAUAUCGAUUUAAGGAAAAUUAGCUUAAGGGCGUAUUUCAAAGCUAUUUCGCAUUAUUUCGGGUUCAACGGGCCGACUCGAUGUAGACAAUCGAUCGAACUAGCUUUACUGAAUUCGGUGGAGAAUUAGGAGAUCAACAGAGGCCCACACUCGAAAGGAAUGAUAUGAAGUUAGGCCCAUUUAAUUAGCCAAAAAAUGGAUGAAAUAUAAACAUGAGUGAUCUGUGAAUGGAACCUCCUAUUCUGGAGACUAGACCUUGCCUAUUUUAGAGAAAAAAAAGAUCUAAGUUUUGAUGACCUUGCCGGUCCCGUGAAAUAGAUGGCGAUCCCGCAACACGGCCCGCAAAACAAAUUAACAAAAUUAUAUAAUCACGGACACAAAAUAUCAAAACGUUUUACACAAGCAGAUUAUAGCAACAGCAAAGCUCACACUCAUUUGAUCAAAUUAGCGAUAUAUAGCGAUAUUGACCACUCCAGAAAAUACCAUAAGAUACCAUAAUGUUCUUUGUUUGUCACCCCAAAAUUUUGCAUAAGCAUUGUUUUCAGUUUCUCUUGGGGCCAUUUUAUCUCCCAAGAGAAACUGAAGACAAUGCUUAUGCAAAAUUUUGGGGUGACAAACAAAGAACAUUAUGGUAUCUUAUGGUAUUUUCUGGAGUGGUCAAUUUGCUAGCUUCUUAGCUUUUGCUCGACCUCUGUCGUUCAAAUAGCUAUCGUAUCUCUUGCUAAUUUGCACAAGCGACCCGAAGCUCUUGCCCGUUACUAUGUGACGUCAUACCAGCAAGCGGAGUGGGUCAAGAAACUUAGGUGGAAAACAUUAGAGUUACCCCCCCCCGGUGCUGACGUAUUUUCUUUCCAGAAUUGUUCCUCUCUAAAGUGUUUUUCAGGCAAAGUAUAUUCCACUCAAGUGCUGUUGUAGUUUAAAAAAUCAGUAAAAAUGACUAGAACGCGAUUGUGAAUUGAUCUCAAGUUCCUAAGGCUUCCCUUUCCGGCUCUUACAACUAAAGUGAAAACUGUACGUAUGUAAAAAGUGCAAGUUAGAUGGGGAAAAAUUACCACUUAGUGAUCAAGUCUUUUGUUGUUACUGUUUGCACAAAAAAUAAACUAAGAGAGAAUUUUGAUCAAAGCUACGUAUACUUAUACCAACCUGACUAACAGCAUGAAAUCUUACUUUAGAUGAUUUUAUCUCACCUAUUGUCAGUAAGAGUCCAGUCGGUGCCCAGGCACAACCACGAUUUUAAAUGUUCUUUUUUUAAACUGUUUUAUGUUUUAAAUGCUGUAGUCAAUUACUUAAAGGUGAUUAAUGUAAAUUCAUGUUAUAUCUUUUAAAUACAUUUUGUAUCCUUUUCAUUUAGAGUCUUAUCGUAUCUUUUAAGAGUUUAUAUUGUAGUUUGUAAGUAAUUUUAUCCUUAUAUUUCAUUUUAGUUCUACAUCGUAAAUAGCUCUUAUUAGCCGAGUUUUCGGUCCGUACGGUAAAUUACGGAUGGAGUUUAUGGCCCAAGCGCGAAGCGCGCGGGCCAUAAAUCGAUGGAAAAAAACUAGGAUCCGUAAUUUACAGUAGGGACCGAAAAAAGGAGGCUAAUAAGAUGUUUAUUAUAUGGCUUCUUCCUGUUUGGGGGACCGGAAAUAAGUGUAGGACGCACGAUUUGACAGUUAUUUGACAGGCGUCAAAAAAGAAAGUUUCUAUAGGCGCACGAAAACAAUAGCACAUAACAAAGGCUUUCUGAGAAAGUAAAAACAAAUUCGGUAUGUUGAAACGUUUAUUCGGACAAAACUAAGAGCACUGUAAGUUUUAGCUCUUAAAUGUAAGGCUGGAGUAUUUUUGAAUCCGGACAAUGUGUCUGUCUAGAAGUCGUUUCCAUCUUUCCCCCGUUUGUCCUUGUAAAAAAAACACAGCAAAAGGCAAAGAAGCUUUGCAAGGUAAGUUUGUUGUCAUUGUCGAAAGACUCGCUCGUUAAUUGUUUUUGGGAAAACCUCUCUUUCUGCCAGUUCAUUCUGGUCUUCAACUGUGAUCUGCGUUAAAAUUUUCAAACACUGACUAGAAUUCUCUUCCUCGGUAAAGUUAUGAUUCAGUUUCUACAUCAGCUUCGUUCUCAUUAAAACAAAACUAGGUUAAAAUUUGCAAAGGCAAAGUGAACAUCCCAUUCCUGAGGGUUUACAGACGCAUUUUAAAGUUUAUUCGGUCAAAACUAAGAGCAAUAUAAGUAUUCACUCGUUAAUGUGACGCUGGAGUCCUUUGAAAACUGGACAUUGCGUCUGGUUCGAACUCGCUUCUAUCUUUCUUUCGUUGCUCUUUGAAAAAACACUGCAAAUGGCAAAGAAGCUUGUCAAGAUGAUCGGGUGCAGGUAUGUUUGUUAUCAUAUUUGUCGAAGAAAUUACCCAUUUUCUCUCAGGCAAAACAUCUCGAAUCUCUGCCAGUUGAUUUUCGUCUUCUUAACUGUGUACUACGACAAAAUUGUCAAACACUGACUAGAAUCCUCUUCAUUGCCUUCGUUCACAAAACACACAGUUUAAAAUGUUGAAGGCCAAAGUCAACAUUUAAGCCCUCAAGGUUGACAGGCGUCUUAUAACUUUAUUUAAACCUUUUUUUCCGAGGAAAAGAGAUUUAGAGCUCCGAAAUGAGCAUCUUCUUUAAAAAUUUUGGUACGUAUAGCAAGUUACGGACCUCAAAUUGACCAAUCGCAUGGCGAAAACAGACUCAGCCAUAUAAUAAUCAUUUUUACAAGAACCCCAAGAAUUGAGUUUUAAGGAUAGGAUCAAGAGACCGACCGAUUUGUUUGCUAUAUAACAAGGUUUUGUUUUAUCGAGAUUCUUUUCCAUAUACUUGACCAUAAUUGUUAGUUACAUCAAGGAAUUCUUCGUACAGAGGUUUGUUAUAUCGGGGUGCUGCUAACUGAAUUUUAUUCUUCAAUUUAUCGCUCUUUUCAAUAUUUUUGGCGUUUAGCUUUUCAGAUAAGUACCAUUUUAUAAUUAUUCCUUCAAAAGUAAACACUUUUCUCGAGACUAAUAUCUUUGCUUCUUUAAAGGGAGUUAAACUACUACUAGCAGUAUCAGCAUAUUUUCUUGUCUGUAUGAAUUCGAAUUUUUGAACGAAGUCUGCGCAUUGAUCAUCCUUUUCAUUUCUUAUUUUCCCAACAGGUUACGGCUGCCAGUAUCGAUAUGAUUCCCAGGCAUUCCUUUUCUCGCUGGCUAACAAGCCAGGAUGGGCGCCCUUGAAACUGCCUCAGACAGGACCAUAUAGUGCAAGUUAUUACGGAUACUCCAUACACGACUGCUUGUCUGGUGGACCAAAAUUCGGGGGAGGCCAUGACAUUUACAUUGACGACUACGCGUCAUCCAGUAGCAAUUCCUAUUCUUACCUUGGUUACACUUACAGUGCACCGAGUGGGUACAGCGAUGGAAGCACCUUUACCAAGACAUUUCUGGCAGGCACUUAUCACUUUACUCCAGACGAAGUAGAAACAUUUUACGAGACAACCUAA